AUGACCUUAAUUUCUUACAUAAAAAUAUUUCUGACAUUACUUAAAAUGAAAAAUACAUUGCCACUCCCAGCUCCAAAAGAAAUCCUUUGCAGCCAGAACCCCGAGUCUGAAUUCAAAUGCUCAUACUGUAAUACUUCAUUUCUUACUUCAGAUGAUUUAUUGCAUCACAAUUCAGUUUAUGAAUAUUCAGUUACUAGUAUACCCACUGGAAUUGAGACCCCAAUUCCAGUGAAAAUAUUUUCAAACGUUGAAAAACCGACUUUAAUUACUGGAAGUGAAAUUAAAGCAAUUGAAUGCCAUGAAUGCCUUACUCCUAAGCGAGCAGAGCCUAUUUAAAAUUUACAAAAAUUUUUUAUAUUUAAUAAAAUAUUUAUAUUAAUUAACAAUUAAAACUUCAGCUAAUUCUAUUAAAACAUAUUAAAUUUAAAAAAAUUAUUAAUACCAAAAUCUAUAUAAAAUAAAAAAUUAAGACUACGCUUACUAGAGAAGAAGCAAUUUUUUGCAAAAGGAGAAGAGGAAUUAGACUUUUUUCUUCAGAAAAAGGCCUAAAUCAGCAUGUGGGCAAAGUCCACAAUUUCAAUCGAAGAUCAGUAAAAUGCCAUUUAUGCAUCAAAAAAUUUAGAGAGGGCUCAGCAUUGAAAUUUCAUAUAAGGCAGGUGCAUGAUAAAACUACAAGAGUCAAGUGUGAUGAUUGCCAAAAGGUGUUUUACAGUAAAUAUGUGCUUUUAAAGCAUAGGAAUAAGUGCCUUAUGAAGAUGAGAUCCGAAAUUUAA